UAACAGUGGAGUUCUACCCGAAGUGUCCGGAAGUACGGGCUGUGUCUUCGUUAAAACUGUCCUAGAAAAUGUAGACUUAUACAGAUUUGUCAACAUCAGGCGAGAAGUGCACUUGAUCGCCACAGUCUUCUCAUCAAUCAACGUGCACCCACGUGGGAAAACUUGUGGAGCUAGCUGUUCAGAUAGCUUUGCAAGGGCACCUGUUGUAUAUAAUUAGAUAGACAUUGACAUUUUAACUGUUAUUACGGUACCUUUGGAGGACUAUUGAAACAAUGGCUGAGCCUGCAGAUAUCAUAAAGAGAUCAUGCAUGGUUAAGAGGUCUAUCAACAAACGACGAAUGGGUCCGGUGAAUUACAAAGCCAGAGUAUUUAUAUUGACUAAUAGAUAUCUGAGUUACCACGAUGGAGACAGUAUUGAAAGACCUGGCAAAGAAAAAGGGAAAAUAUGCAUCCAUGAAAUCACAGUCAUUGAAGAAGUAGAUGAAUCUGCUUUUGCAGAAAAAAACAGAGGAUAUCCUUUCCAGGUGUGUUGGAAUGACUAUGUACUUUACGUAUUCACACAUCAAAAAUCUGAAAGAGAUGAUUGGGUCUCUAUUUUACAAAACAUGUGUCGAGAUAAUAGAUGUCUUCUUAACAAGUAUCACAAUGGCAUGUUUUCGUCAUCUACCUGGUCGUGCUGUGGGCAGACUGCAAGAUUGGCUCCAGGAUGUCAAGAAGCAUUUAAAAGUCGUAUAAGAGGAGGAAGGAGGAACAGGGACUCAAGCCCACUUCCAUCUACACCAGAGAAUGUCCGCUUUUCAAGACAACCAGUCUUACCUCCACCUGCACCUCCACCUCGACCACCAGAAAUAGAGAAGGAUUUGCGUGUUGUUGUAGCAUUGUAUCCGUAUACACCAACACAGCAAGGUGAUUUAGCGUUAGUGAAAGGAGACGAGUACACUGUGUUAGAUGAUAGUAGAGAACAUUGGUGGAAAGCAAAAAACAGUAGAGGGGAAGUGGGACACAUUCCAAGUAAUUUUGUUCAAGAACAAAAAGACUAUACUAAUAUGUUAACCAAGUUUGAUUGGUAUUCAUCCGAGGUGUCAAGAUCUCAAGCAGAAGAAGAUUUAAAAGCUGAAGACAAAGAAGGUUGUUUUAUUGUUCGUAAUUCUAGUACUGCUGGAAUGUACACUCUUUCCGUUUACAGUAAAGAUGGUGUCAUUGGCAUGUCUGAUGGAUUUGUACGUCACUAUCAUAUUAAAAAGAACGACCAGGGUUAUUUCUACAUGUCAGAUAAACAUUCCUUUCCAACGAUUCCUGAAUUAAUAGAUUAUCAUCAACACAACAGUGGAGGUCUUGCAACGAGGCUUCGUAAGCCACCGAAAAGUUACAAUACAGCUCCAGCUACUGUUGGUCUAGGGCAUGAUAUUUGGGAGAUUGACCCAGCGGAGAUUACGUUGAUGAAGGAACUUGGGGGUGGUCAAUUUGGUAUAGUCAGGCUAGGAAAAUUGAACAAUGGUACCUACGUUGCAGUUAAAAUGAUGAGAGAAAACGCAAUGUCUGAAGAUGAUUUCAUUGAUGAGGCCCGAGUAAUGCAACAACUCAAACAUGAACACCUAGUGCAGUUAUAUGGUGUAUGUAGCAAAUCUAGACCAUUGUACAUCAUCACAGAAUAUAUGAAUAAAGGUUGUCUAUUGAAUUAUUUGAGAUAUCGUCAGUAUCUACUUGACAAACCACUACAAUUACUUGAUAUGUGUAAACAAGUCUGCUCAGCAAUGGUUUAUUUGGAAUCCAAAAGUUUUAUACAUAGAGACUUAGCUGCACGUAAUUGUCUUGUCGGUGACAGAACUACCGUUAAAGUGUGUGAUUUUGGAUUAACACGGUUUGUAAUAGAUGAUGACUAUACCAGCUCAGGAGGCUCCAAAUUUCCAAUUAAAUGGGCUCCACCAGAGGUUCUACAUUACACCAAGUUUAGUAGCAAAUCUGAUAUCUGGGCAUUCGGUAUACUAAUGUGGGAAGUAUUCACGGCUGGUAAGAUGCCAUAUCCUAAUAUGAGUAAUGUGGAGGUAGUAAACCAGGUGUCAUCUAGGGGUUAUAGGUUAGAGCGACCGAGUAAUUGUCCUGAAUCUGUCUAUACUAUUAUGAUGUCUUGCUGGGAAGAGGAGCCAGAUAGACGUCCAGCUUUCCGAGUUGUGAUUCGUCAAAUUCAAAAGCUAGCUGCAGAUGAUUAUCAAGAAUGGAACAUUUGAGCAUGUAGGAAAUGUCACUGAUUGGUCAAGUCAUCUAUGCAAAUGUAGCGAUACUAUUGUUGUGUAUCAAUAGCAAUACCAUUGUCAUACCGUAAGCAAAAUGGUGCUCUCAAGUGUUUUUUCUAUCAACAGUAAUAAUCAGAGGCCAAAGUAUAUUUCUGAAUUUCUGUAAGGAGAGUAUACUACUACAAUUUUACAAAUCAUUCUUGAAUAUUUAAAAAAAAAAAAAAGUUAAAUAUUCAUUUAAGUUCCCAAAAAAUGAGUUUUCAGUAGCAUUUGUCAAGAGAUCUUACUAAGAAUAGAACUAUUGAACUUUUUCAAGUAUGUUUGAAAGAUCAAAUGCAGACAACAUUCACAGACGAUAAAGAAAAGACAAUUUUACUUUUAUUAAUAUUGUCAAUUCCAUUCCACUUUGGGUAUCAGUCAAUAGUGUACUUUUAGUGGUCAAAGCUAGUCAUGUGUUGAAUGUGCUCAAUCACAAAAUAUUUAAACAUAACCAUCACUCAAAAGGAAUUGUAUAAGUAUUAUGUUUGUCCUACUCUCUGCCUCUAACAUUUAACAUGAUUAGCACAAAUUCUAUUUUUCCCCUACUCUUGGCUGAAAUUUUUCAAAGACGAACAAAAAUUCUGAUAAACCAAUAAGAUUGAUAUACACCUUUGAAACCAUGCUUUGUUAUAAGCUGAUGAAUGGAGGUAUUUAAAACAUAACAUGAUGUAUAUAUUCAGAAAGCUGGAGAUUUCAGUUUAUUAAUGAAUUAAUUAUUAAUUUUGUUUUUUAUUCAUAAAAUUGUUUUG